AUGUCAGUAUCAGAAGGCGCACAUCCCUCCGGCGACGAAGUAGAAGACUUCAAAGAACAAGAUCGCUUUCUUCCAAUAGCGAAUGUAGCACGCAUAAUGAAAAAAGCUUUACCAGACAAUGCCAAAAUCGCCAAAGAAGCCAAAGAAUGCGUACAAGAAUGCGUAUCAGACGAUCGUUGUCAACAAGAAAAACGUAAAACUAUCAAUGGCGAAGAUAUCCUUUGGGCAAUGCAGUCACUUGGGUUUGAGAACUACGCUGAAGCUCUGAAAAUUUAUCUUCACAAAUACCGAGAGACAACAAAAAUCGAGCGAUCUUCUUCAAAUUCAAAAGAGAAAGACGAUGAAACUGGUGUAAAUGUGAAUCCAAUGUUUCAACAACCACCACAAUCACAGCAAUCACAUCCUGGGACUUCUUUUUAUCAAAACACAGAUGGUUUCUAA